AUGUCAAUAGUGCAAGCUGCUUCUCUUCAUAAAAUGCCCAGAAAGACUUGUAUUUGGGAUUUCUUUGAAAUGACUGACACUACUCAUGCAAAGUGUAAUGCGUGCAAAAAGGAACUUGCUGCUAAAGCCGGUGCUACUUCAGGUCUUAUUAAUCAUCUAAAAGGGCAGCACUGCCAUGUUUUUUUGGGAUAUAAGAAACUCAAUUAUGCUCAACAGAUUGGAAAAAAGUCUCGCGUUAUUGAUGAUGAAGACUCUUCAGAAACCAAUUUCAUCAGUACACCCAAACGAGCUCGUCUUGUUGCCUCUCCUGAAUCAUACUCUCAAUUUUUAACAUCAUCUGCAAGCAACAAAGGGAAGGAAAACCCUGUUUCAUCAAAAUCACUUUCUCAAGACAGAAUUCCUAAGCUAUAUAAAUUCAUCAGUGAUCAUGUGAACAAAAUUAUUGACAGUGAGAAGAUUGACCUUGACGGUUGUGCCUAUAUUACUGAUAUCUGGACUUCGUGUAAUGACCUUGCUUUCCAAUUGCUCACUCUACAUUUUACUACAAAAUGUUUUCAACUUAAACAACUUCUUGUUAAACUUGAUUCAUUUCCGGAUGCACAUAAUGCCGAAAAUAUCGUAAAAAAGUUAGAUUACUUAAUAAAACGCUUGUGUUUGGAGAAUAAAAUAAAUACAUGGGGGACGACUGAUGGAGGAUCAAAUAUUAUGAAAGCUAUGCGCAUUAGCAAUGUUAUCAACAAUAAUCUUUGGUGUGCUGAUUAUCAGAUACAUUUAAUUGUCACACAAGCUCUAGCUAGUGUUCCUGAGUGGUUAGAAGUUGCACUAAAGCUAAAUAAAUUAGUUGGGUACUUCAGUCAUUCUUCUAAGGCUACGAGUAUUUUAAGGAAAAUUGCUAUUGAGCAUAAGCAAUCACGAACUAAACUUAUCCAGAAAGUACCAACUCGUUGGAAUUCUGACUUGAGACAGUUAAAAUCCAUUAUGGAUCUAAAAGGGUGCUUGUCUUUUAUGGCAGAAACGUCAACUAAAAUUGAAGAUUUGUUGCCCACUGUUGUAGAAGCUAAUAUUAUUAAAGGUAUUAUUGAAUGUCUUGAUCCUAUUGAUAAAAUUUCAAGUUUUAAGCUCUGA